GCUUCCAUGCUUUAAGUCGCCACUUCCGCCCUCACCGGAGACUUCGUGCGUAUGUGUUUUGCAGACGGAACCUAUUCUCGUACAGUUAGUUUACUUCGCGUCGGAGAAGGCGCGGUUCAACGUUAUCUGCUCAGGUUUGACAGCGUUUUAUUUCCCAGGUGAUUCAGCUCCCUGUUUUUUUUUUUUUUUUUAGCAAAGUUGGACCUACCUGAGUGUGAUUUACUUUUCUCUUGUUUGGUGGGGGCGUCCUCAGAAUAGUUGGAGCCUUCACUACCGAUAUAAUGUCCCGCACUGGUCUUAUUCAACACAUCCGCAGCCCUCCUCAACCCCCAACACCGAUACUAGGACCUUCAAAGCUGUUCCUCUGCAUCCUGCCUACUGCUCAAAUUGCAAUUGGGUCAGUGUAUCUGAAUGAAUGUCCACGGCAACACUACAUCCCCAUCUAUUUGAUAGUGGUGGGGGUUUUUGGCCUGGUGCUGGCGGUGCUCUCCUGCCUGCCCUGCGCCCAGGAGCCCAAAGAUGGCACCUCCAACCCGCUCAGUCAAGUCUGCAUGACCUGGAACUCGGUGACAUCUUUCUUCCUCUUCUGUUGGUUCAUCGCUGGUAACGUGUGGAUCUACUCCAUUUACGAACCCAACUACAACAAGAACACAACGAAUGUGGAUCCGUACUGCCACAAGACGGUCUACUUGUUCGCCUUCUGGACCACCACUCUGGUCUACAUCCUCUUGGCCGUGUUCCUGUUCGGCGGCUGCUGCGUUCUCGUCUGCUUCUGCCUGUGCGGCCGAGCCGACCCCGACGACAACGUCUAAAGACGGUCCGCAGACACGACGAGGAGGCGGGCCGCUGUACUGUACACAUCAUGUUUGCUGCUGAAGCUGUUAGUUUUUUCUGUUGCAAGUGUGCCUAGGCUAUGAGUUUAUGGGAACAUAUGGGGAGCAGAUUAGAGUGAACUUUCUUUAUUAAAUACAUAAUGUGCAACACAAGACUAAUAUGUGUCAUUUUAAAACCUAUCUUGUAUUGCAGUUGCACUGACCCAACAGAUUCAUGCUUAACUCGAAGGUGGAAUCGAUUUUAAUACUGAUUAUAAGAAAUGUUUUCUCAUUGCUGAGCCUUUUCUUCUUCUGCAGAUUUAUAUGAUAUAAGAUGUAUUUUUUACAUGUUGAGCCAGAAAUUGGGCUCAAACUUCAUUCGGAGUACAGGAUGAAGCAAUAAAAUGUUGGUUGUU